ACACUCAUAUAAAACAUUUAAAAUCUGCAGCAAGGUAGUUAGCUAUGGGGUGUACUGACGUGCCAGCAUUUGUAAAGCUGUGGGUCUACUCAAUCCAGGGCAUCUUCUACGAGAUCUGCUUCACUGCCAUGUUCAACUUCAUCCUCAUCAAGCCUGACUUCAAGCUCAUGGGCGAGAGCUCCAUCUGGUCAGUCUUCAUCUACGGUAUGGGUGGUCUACUAAACGAGUACUUUGUCUACAACCACAUCAAGUCGUCACACAGGGUAGUACGCAUGGUGGUUAACCUUGUGUAUACCUACGUGUGGGAGUACAGUACGGGGGCGGUACUCGGUGUGUUUGGGGCUUGUCCCUGGGAUUAUACGGAAAGAAGGUGGAAUGUUCACGGUCUCAUCACUUUCGAGUACAUUCCUGCCUGGUUGGUUGCUGGCAUACUGCACGAGGAGAUGAUGAAACUGAUGCAGGGGUUGUGCUGGUGUAGAGAGAAAGCUACUGGAGAGAAGAAGCAAGUUAAAGCUCAGUAGACUUCUAUUUGAUAGACUUCAAAUUUGAUAGACUCUAAUUUGAUAGACUUAAAUUGUAUAGCCUUCAAAUUUAUAUAGUGAUAAGGUCUCCUUUAUUGAAAGUUAACGACCGAAGUUCAUACAUUUGUUAUCUAAGAAUUGUUGUAUACAGACACAGACCACAGCAUACCUCAAGUUGUAUCAUGUUUAUCAUAUAAUUCAUAUAUUGUUAUAUGAUAGACGGGGACCUAUGCAUAAGCUUAUGGCUGCACUUUUCUAAAGUAGGUUAUCAUUUUUGACGCAUUGUAAUUUGUACUUAUGCACAAUUUCCUAUAAAUUAUACUUAAAUUCACAUAUAUGUAUAUAAUAAUGAUAAUAAAUGUAUUAUAACCCUAGGAGUACGAUUUGUCUUAGUUGCUUGAAUUAUUGCAGAGUGAAAGCUGAGCAUGGAAGUGUUUAUUUACCUUACUACGUAUGUGUGAAGCGUGUUUAAUAAUUCUCCGUUUAUUAUUGCAUCUGUUUGUUAGCUGUUGACCAGCAAAUCAUGAAGCGACGACCGAUUCGUUUGGUGAGUUUUAUUUUGUGAUGUAACCUCGAAUCCCGAUUUACCGCACCCUAAUUUACCCACCCUCGUGAUAAAUUACUAUUUAAUUGUUUACUUCCCCAAAUACAUCUGGUGAAUCGGAGUUUGACUGUAUUAUGUUCUAUGUGAAUGAUACUUGCAACCAAUAUACUACCAAGAGCUGCUUGUAUUUUUAUCUUAUUUUGUGGUUUGAUUCAACAUAAUAUAUAUAAUUAAUAUUUGUUUGAUUAUUUGAUAUUAUAGAAUUGUCACUUGCUUGAUUAUUUUUGUUUUGAUUAUUUGAACUUACAGUGUUGCCACUUUAAAUUGGCCUCCAAAAUGGCACCCUUACCGCUUAUAUUAUUACGCUUUUAUGUUUUUAUUGUGUAUUUCAAUCGCAAUUACUCCGUUCUUAUUGCACAGGCCUAUUUUAAGUAGCAACACUGUAAUUAGUAGAUUAUUUUAUCUUGUAUUAUAUUAUCUUAUUAUACCCGGCUGUCGAUAAUUGUUAUUUUGUACCCAUUUAUAGUUUCAUCAAGCUUGUGUAUUUGAUAUUCGGUUUUUAAGAUAACUUUCUAACUGAUUACUGAUAGUUAGGUGAAAUAUUUAGUUAAUAAUAUUCCUGAAUCAAAGUCGCUGUAUACACUGUAUAUUUAUACAGUAUACACUGUAUACACUGUCGCUGUAUGUACUAGAACUUGAUACAACCCAUUUAAAGGAGUUUCUCAUUUUACAGUUAACUUCAUAAUUCACUAAAGUACUGCAUGUAUAAUAUACUUACGUUUAUAGUGAGUUAUUUAAGUAGGGAAGUUAUUUAAGUAAAGAAGUUAUUUAUUGUCGCUGUAAGAGUUAUUUGUGGUAAAUUUUUGAAUUAGUUUAAAUUAUUAAGAAGUAACGUCGUUGUUUCAAUAGUAAUAACAAUUAACUGGAUUUAAAAGUUGAAUAAUUCAUUGUAAUAAUAUAAUUGGUAAGGGGGAGAAAUAUCCUGGCUGCAUGAUAAUAUGCCAGUGCAAAAAAAGGUAUAAAGAAAUUAAAACCACUCUGCUAUGAUAAUUUAUAACUGUAUAUGCUACAACUUUAUAUGCUACUGUACUACUUGUAUUGCUUUCUC